AUUCGAUUCACGACUCUGUGGGAGUGGGUGACAAUCAAUAUAAUCAAAUAGAUCAUACCUUCGGGGAAUAAUAAACUUUCUUUGCUAAAAUUAUUAGCCCAUAUAUGUUUAACAUUUCUGUAUGGCUGGAAGCAUGAGAGCUCAGAUCGAAAUAAUCCCGUGUAAGGUAUGCGGCGACAAAUCAUCCGGUGUUCAUUAUGGCGUUAUAACGUGCGAGGGAUGCAAAGGAUUUUUUAGAAGAAGUCAGUCUAGUGUUGUGAGCUAUCAAUGUCCCAGACAAAAGUGCUGCAUGAUUGACCGAGUCAAUAGAAAUAGGUGUCAAUAUUGUAGGUUGCAAAAAUGCAUCGCCUUGGGCAUGUCUCGCGACGCUGUGAAAUUCGGAAGAAUGUCAAAAAAGCAAAGAGAGGUGGUUGAGGACGAGGCUAGGUAUCAUCAGGAAAAGAUAAAACAAAUCCAACAUCAAAUGGCUUCCGCAGCAAUGGUCACUGGCCAUUCCGUGAACACCAAUGGCUCCCAUCUAAGCCAAAAUCACGCCUUAUCCGGUCAUACCAACAACAAUUCUCCGAACACGUCUGCGUUUUCGAGAGCAUACCCCGACGCCAUUCCUCAUAACUAUAAGAAUAACAAUCCUUUGCUAACGAACGGGUCAGCGUUUCCAAACUACUAUGGGUUUCCCCAUCACCUUUCCGCCAUGAAUGUAUACAUGCACCAUCAUCAUACCAAGGUUAAUAGCGAUCCCAUUAAUUCCCCUGGUUAUUCUUCGUACAAUCAAACCAAUCACCAGUCCACCAUGAUGUAUCAUCCUCAAACCCAAUUUGUGGACACCAAUAACGCUUUUUUAAACCAUAAUAAAGCUCACGUCAAUAACGGUGAAUACCCCUACAAAUCGAACCCAGUCCAAUCAAGGGAUUACAAAUAUAGCACGUCCAGCGAGAUGCCUCACAAUGAUAAUAAUCACAGUAGCGCAAUACAAAAACGUUCUUCCUACUCGUCUUCUAAUGAAUCCAUGGAUGAAAAGUCUCCGACGUACAUAUCUUCGAUAGAGGAAAAUUCCGUUUCAAAUUACAGUAUUAAAGCAAAAAUUGGUCCCAACUCUUCCCCCCUCGAAAAUCACGAGAGCUAUAGAGUAGGAUCAAAUAAAUCGACUAAAAUGAAUAACAAAUCUAAAACCCUUAUUAUAAAUGGAUUUUUUAGCCUAAAAAAUGGGGAAAGUAAUGGCUUGAGCGGAACUGCACAAUCAGCCAUCGUUAAAAAUGAACUAUAUUCUGUAAGUACGCACAAUGUGACUAAUAAAGAAGCAUCAGAUUACGAGAGCAUGGUUACGCCCGCUUCGUUAAGUCAGCAACAAAAUAGUAAAAGCUAUAAUGGGAACAAAAAUGAAUCGUUGGCUUACACCGAUGACCAAGGUAUAAGAUUAGAGAAUAUUGACCUUCAAGACAAUAAACGUGUUGCUGUUAAACAACUGAUAAAUGGGAAGAAUCCUUUACCAUGCACGCAUUUAAUUAACAAUAAAAAUUAUGAAGAUUAUUGCGCAGAAAAUUCGGACCAGUGUAUCCCGGAUAUCAAUGGCAAACAUACUCCAAUGAUCAACAAGCAUCGCCUAUUGGAAAACAAUUCAGUUAACGACUUCCCUACCUGUGAUAAAGAUAAAAAUAUGAUUGGCGGGUGCUUAAUGCCCCUAACCCACACUCUUAACGGGAAGAAACAUUUCGAUAGAGCUGUUAAUGAAAGUUUCUUCGAAGUGGCCAAUCCCGAUAGCACGACUCAUAGUAUGGGGAGAUUAAAUUACGAAUUUUUUCAUCCUUACGAAUACGUGGAAGAUAAAAUAAGAUAUCAAAUCAAAGGUAACCGAAAUUCGCCUAGCACAUCCGGCUUUUUGUCAAUAAGUCCGAAUUCAUACGAUGCCAACUACAACAAAAAUUGCUACUACCCGGUAUUCGGUCCUAACCCUCAUCAAAACUCAUUGUACCCGCCAAUAGAUGAAUUUUUAAUCGAAACCCUGAGUGCGGCAUAUUCGAGAAUAAUAAUAACUGCCAAAGAUAGAAAUUUCAAAAACGGCCAUCACAAUAACGAUGACACCUUUGUAGACAAGGAAAUCGAGAACGAGUCAACUUUAGUUAAAAUCUGGGAAAAUCUAACCUACGAAGACCGUUGGCUAGACUGCGCCGACAAACUGACCAUGCUGAUACAAAAUAUCAUUGAAUUUGUAAAAAUGGUGCCUGGAUUUAUGAUUUUGCCUCAGGAUGAUCAAAUAGUUCUGUUGAAAUCCAGUAACUUUGAGAUGGUUUUGGUGUGGAUGGCUUUGCACUUCAAACAAGAAAUUAUCGAUUACGAUGAAACUAAUCUUGAGAGAUUGAAGAUUUUACAAAAUGCUCAUUUAAGUGAUAAAGACGUGAUGGAUAAGUACAUGGAUAAAUGUUUUACACCAUUUAGUCAGAAAGUAUUUUAUCCCUUGACCAAUUUAAAAAACACAUCCCACUUAACUUCCACCUCUAUUUUAACCUCGAAUUAUUAUUGGAUUCCCAUGAAAUCCUUCAAGUUAGAUGGCGUCGCCGAUAAGGAGAGUCUUUUCAUUGAAAAUGUUAGCGAAAUUGUCAGCUCGAUUAUGAGUUUACGGUUAACCUUCUCCGAAUUCGCCAUUUUUACUGCCUGUAUCGUUUUAGGAUCCGAAGGGUCAGAUGAUUUGAAAGAAAAAAUGAAAAUACAAACCAUGAGUGACAAGUUCUUUAAGACCUUGACCCACGAACUUAAAUUCAAUCACCCGUCGGAUUGCGAAAAUGUCUUCGCUAAAUUACUCAAGAUUCUAGAGAAACUUCGAUCCUUAUCGAAAUUCCACGUACAAAUUGUCAACGAAUUUCGAAAAAAACAUCCCAAGAUACAAUUUCCGGCACUGCACAAGGAAUUGUUCUCGUUUGAUCCCUAAAAAUACAAAUGACAUAUCCAUUAUAAGAGUCGUUUAGAAUUAUUAGA